AAUCUUUUGUUUCCCUUUUCCCUUUCUUUUCCAAUGCGUUCGUCUUCUUCUUCUUCUUCUUCUUCAUCAUCCUCGUCUUCCUCCGCGCGCGGGCCUUCGCUCGCCGUGCUGAUGGUUGCUGCCGUCGCCAUGUGCUGCAGCGCCAUCCUCGUCGCUCUGCCCUCGACCAGCGCCAUGAAUGUGACCUAUGACAGCCGUGCUCUGCUGCUCGACGGUCAACGCCGCUUGCUCAUCGCCGGAUGCAUCCACUACCCGCGCUCCACCCCGGAAAUGUGGCCCGAGCUGUUUGCGCGCGCAAAGGCCAACGGCCUGGACGUCAUCCAGACGUACCUGUUCUGGGACGUCAACCAGCCGACGCCUGGCGAGUUUGUCAUGACCGACCGCUUUGACUAUGUGCGCUUCAUCAAGCUCGCCCAGCAGGCCGGCCUGAUGGUCAACUUCCGCAUUGGGCCCUACGUGUGCGCCGAGUGGAACUAUGGCGGCUUCCCUGCCUGGCUGCGCCAAAUCUCUGGCAUUGUCUUCCGCGACAACGACAAGCCGUGGCUCGACGUCGUGGGCCCGUACAUUACCAAGACGGUGCAGGUGCUCAAGGACAACAAGCUGCUCGCCGCUGAUGGCGGCCCCGUCAUCCUGCUCCAGAUUGAGAACGAGUACGGCAACAUUGAGGACUCGUACGCUGGCGGCCCGGCCUACGUCCAGUGGUGCGGCCAGUUGGCGGCCUCGCUGAACGCCGGCGCCCAGUGGAUUAUGUGCCAGCAGGACGACGCCCCCGCCAACACGAUUGCCACCUGCAACGGAUUCUACUGCGACAACUACGUUCCUCACAAGGGCCAGCCGAUGAUGUGGACGGAAAACUGGCCUGGCUGGUUCCAGACCUGGGGACAGCCCUCGCCCCACCGCCCCGCGCAGGACGUGGCCUUUGCUGCUGCGCGCUUUUAUGCCAAGGGUGGUACGUACAUGAGCUACUACAUGUACCACGGUGGAACCAACUUUGGCCGCACCGCUGGCGGCCCCGGCAUCACCACCAGCUACGAUUACGACGUCGCCCUGGACGAGUACGGCAUGCCCAGCGAGCCAAAGUACUCGCAUCUCGGCUCGCUCCACGCCGUCUUGCACGCCAACGAGCACAUUAUCAUGUCCAUGAACGUGCCCGCCCCAAUCUCCCUUGGCAAGAAUCUCGAGGCGCACGUGUUCAACUCUUCGAGCGGCUGCGUCGCCUUCCUGUCCAACAUUGACAGCUCUGUCGACGCCGAAGUCCAGUUCAAUGGUCGCACGUUCGAGCUGCCCGCUUGGUCGGUCUCGAUCCUGCACAACUGCGCUUUCGCCAUCUACAACACUGCUGCUGUCUCCGCCCCUCUCAACGCUCGUCGCAUGACCCCGCUGGUUGUUCACGAGGACGCCGUGAGCGACGCUGCCGACCAUCGCCGCUCGCUGAGCAAAGGCGAGGGCCAAGAGCGCGUGGGCGCAUUCUCCACCUUUGCAUCGUACGCCGAGACCAUUGGACGCCGCGCCGAGGAGGCCGUGUACUUUACGAGCCCCCAGGAGCAGAUCAACACCACCAACGACACGACCGACUACCUGUGGUACACGACCACGUACAACUCGGCCAGCGCCACCUCGCAGGUGCUCUCCAUCUCCAACGUGAACGACGUGGUCUACGUGUACGUCAACCGCCAGUUUGUGACCAUGUCCUGGUCUGGCUCGGUCAACAAGGCCGUCCCCCUGAUGGCUGGAACGAACGUCAUUGACGUGCUCUCGACCACCUUUGGCCUCCAAAACUAUGGCACCUUCCUCGAGCAGGUGACGCGUGGCAUCCAGGGCACCGUCAAGCUUGGUUCGACCGACCUUACCCAGAAUGGCUGGUGGCAUCAGGUCGGCCUCCUCGGCGAAGAGCUUGGCAUCUUCCUCCCUCAAAAUGCGAGCAACGUGCCGUGGGCGACACCCGCCACCACCAACCGCGGUCUGACCUGGUAUCGCAGCUCGUUCGAUCUCCCGCAGUCCUCGCAGGCUCCGCUGGCCCUCGAUAUGACUGGCAUGGGAAAGGGCUUUGUCUGGGUCAACGGACACAACCUCGGCCGCUAUUGGCCGUCCCGCAUUGCUGACAGCAUGGCCUGCGACGACUGCGACUACCGCGGCGCCUACGACGACAGCCGCUGCCGCCAGGGAUGCAACAUUCCGUCCCAGCGCUACUACCACGUGCCCCGCGAGUGGCUGCAGCCCACCAACAACUUGAUUGUCAUGCUCGAGGAGAUUGGCGGCAACCCAGCGCUCAUUUCGCUGGUCGAGCGCGAGGAGGACAUUUCCUGCGGCGCUGUCGGUGAAGACUACCCGGCCGACGAUCUGUCGGUCGUUCUUGGCUGCGGCUUGCACCAAACCAUUCGCCGUGUCGAGUUUGCCUCGUUCGGCACCCCCGUGGGCACUUGCCGCCAGUUCUCCCUCGGCUCUUGCAACGCGGCCAACUCCACUGCGAUUGUCGAGUCGCUCUGUCUCGGUCGUCAAGCUUGCCAUGUCCCUGUUGCCAUCAAUCAUUUUGGCGAUCCCUGCCCUGAUACGACCAAGCGCCUGUUCGUGCAAGUCUCGUGCGCAUAAGUGGCGCCUCGCGCAGUGACGUUUGGCAUUUGGGGUUUUCGUCGGUUUGCAAUCUUCUUGUUUGGAUUGUUUUGCAAUACAACGAUGCCAACUAGACCACGAAA